UCUUCAAUCCCAAGUCGUUUCGACUUCAGUAAAACUCUCACCAAACCUCCUUCAGCUCUUCCCAUGGACACUAAAUCCGCCCUAAAGUAGGUUGAAGAGGUUAUUAACACGAUGGAGGUAGAGGUUGGUUAUUCAUGGAUAUUGCAAAGUAUGCGACAUUCCCAUGUUUGUCGGCAAAUGUGGGUGGUGUCUUUUAAGUUGAACCAUAAAACAUUUUUCAACUAUUUUUACGCUAUUUCUCCGAUAUUGUUUUUUUUACAAAUAGGCCACCAAAUUACUUUUUUCUCACAUCCAAAUGCAAUGAAGCUUGGAUAUGGUUCAGCUUCCAUAGAAUUGCUAUUAGGGUACUUUGAAGCUCAAUUCACUUCCAUCUCUGAAGAAGAUGUUCAAAACGAAUCAGACUCUCCCCGUCUCAAAAUCACUAAAGAUGUUGUGAAAAUUCGCUGUCACACCCCCAAACCAGAACGGCGGAAGCGUUCGAGGGUGGAUGACUUCAUGUACAAUAUCAUAACAAUGCAAAGUAGUAAACAAGCAACAACAUCGUCCAUUGCAUUAAUAGUAAUAGUUUAAUACAUGUGUGUUCUUUCAUUGUAAUAAGUCAUUACAACAAGUAAUCAAAAUAAAAGACGAGUCUUGACUACUCCAUCUUCGCAAAACCUGGUCAUCGUCCCUGUCUACUAGAGACCUGAGAAUACAAGUUAUUUUGAAAGUGUAGGUCAGCAUUUAAGUUGGUGAGUUCAUAAGUAAUUAAUGUCAUUGUUUGUAUAAGUAUGAUGAAAACGUUUGAAAAUGUUCAAUGUAAUUGUUUGUAUAUGUUUUGAAAACUCCUAGAAAAUCCCAUAUUUUCUACUAGUAUAAAAGAAGCAUUUUAUCAA